AUGCAGAACGAAGACAGAAGAAAUGAUUUAGAGGCUACCGAGGAGGAGGGAAAGAACAUUUCGGGCAGGACAAAAGCGCUUCAGCAAGUGGAACAAAGCGAAGUUAGCAUAACAAAGUCUCUUCAAGAACAGUUGGACUCGGCCCGCAAAGAAAAAGCGGAUUUGGAAGCCUCUAUGGAAGCGCGUGCGAAAAACUUUCAACAAACCAUGUCCCAAUUACAAAUUAAUCAAUCAAAUUCAAGCGAGUCAACCAACACGAAACCAUCAUCGCAAUCCGGCCCGAGUAUGGUUGAUCCACAAUUGCUCAAAGAGGAAUUGAACAAGGCAAAUGAGAAAAUCCGGCAACAAGAAUCCGAACUCAAAAAACUCAAAUUCGAGAUUGAGAUGGAAAAAGGCCAUGUCAACAUUCUUCGUCACGAUAACCAGAUGCUUAGGCAAAUGACGGUCGACAUGCAUGCCUCCGCCGAACAAGAGGAAGAAUAUAUUUCGAACAAAUUACUCAAGCGCAUAUCUGGUCUUAAGAAAGAGAAGGGAGAGUUACUCGUUCAGGUCGAGCAAGAAGAAGAGUAUCUGACGAAUACGUUGCAAAGAAAAUUGAAUCAGUUACAGAAAGAAAAGAUUGACAUGGAAAAUGCCUUGGAGCAAGAACAAGAAUAUAUCGUGAACCGGCUACAGAAACAAUUAGACGCUUUGAGACAGCAGGCAGGGUAUGGCUUUCAUUCAAGAGAAGGCGGCGCGGUCUCGGUACCGAACGCUAGUACGCCAUUGUUACCUCCUGGAUCGCCCUCGACAAGUAGCAAAAAAUGGCACUCUUCGCAUUCUCCGACCACAGCCGAUUUUCCAAACACAUCUCCUGGUGUCGUCGAAGUCUUGCGUGCGGAAAUUUCUUCACUAAGAUUACGACUCUCAGAGAUCGAGAAAGAAUAUGUUCACAAAUCAAGUCAGGCGACGCGGUAUAAGAAUGAAUUAAUUGAACUAAGAAAGAGGCUUGGAAUUUCUGCUGCAGAUUUGCUUGUCGAGGAACCGACACCGGCUUUUCUCAAACACAACAGUUCGCGAGCGACAGCAAGACGUUCAAACUCGCAUAAUGUAGGUGCAAACCCAAGCAUAUCAUCCGCAAAUCUUGUUCGUGCGCGAAGCGUAAGUGCCAGCGAACCAAAUAAAAAGCCUGUAAAUACGGGACUCACUCCGGAAACAGACAAUCCAUUACUACGAUCAAGAAGUGUGUCAGCGUCUUCAAACCCGAGAUUGGCUUCCCAACGCGCAUCGACCCAUCCAAGUGGGUCAAGCACUCAUUUAUCAGCGUCGGAUCAUCAGAGCCGAUCGAGCUCCACUCGAUAG